CGGAUGGAGCUCCUCGUUGAUGAAAUGGUCAACAGCCACACAGACUUUCCUUCCAUUGUCUGCAUGCCAAGCCGAUGUUAUUCCACCCAUCUCCUUCUCCAGGGUCAUGGAUGCACUUCCCCCAGCCUCUCCACCUUCAUACACACACACACACACACACACUCCGCUCUCAUCCCGCAGCCAAUAAGGGCCUGAUGAUCUCAAGUAUCACUAUAGCAGCAGGACUUAUUCUCUGAGCGGAGCCUGCGGAUUCUUACAGACCUUCAUCCUCAUCGUUGAGGGAGCUGCUCUUCCUCUUUUGGGUUUGAAGUUUGUUGUCAACAUGUCUGACACUGAAGAAGUGUAUGAGGCCCAGGAGGAGGUAGUAGAAGUAGAAGUAGCCCCUGAGGCGGAGGCCCAGGUAGAGGCAGAGCCAGAAGUAGAGCCUGAACCAGAACCAGAACCAGAACCUCAGGAGGUGGUGCAGCAAGUGGCUCGGGAGGAGGAAGAGGCCUAUGAAGAGGAAGGGGAAGAUGGAGAUCAAGAUGAGGAAAAGCCAAAGUUCAAACCCAGUGCUCCAAAGAUCCCUGAUGGAGAGAAAGUGGACUUUGAUGACAUUCAGAAGAAACGUCAGAACAAAGAUCUGGUUGAGCUUCAGUCUCUGAUCGACGCUCACUUUGAGUGCAGGAAGAAGGAGGAGGAGGAACUCAUCGCUCUCAAGGAAAGAAUCGAAAAGCGCCGUGCGGAGCGAGCCGAGCAGCAGAGGAUUCGCGCUGAGAAAGAUAAAGAGCGACAGGCGCGGCGUGAGGCUGAGAGGAUGAGGAAGGAGGAGGCGGAUGCACAGAGGAAGGCAGACGAUGACGCCAAGAAAAAGAUAGCUCUCACCAACAUGGGGUCAGGCUUCAGCAGCUCCCUGCAGAGGAUUGAUGCAAAGAGAGGCAAGAAGCAGACCGAAAGAGAAAAGAAGAAGAAGGUUUUGGCAGAGAGGAUCAAACCGCUGAACAUCGACAGCCUCACAGACGACCAGCUGAGGCAAAAGGCCAACGAGCUUUGGGACUGGCUGACCAACCUGGAGGCAAUAAAAUACGACCACUGUGAGAUGCUCAAGAGACAAAGAUAUGAGGUCGUCUCUCUCAGAAACCGCAUCGACGAGCUGCAGAAACACAGCAAGAAGGGAGCCGCCUCACGCCGCAGGAAGUGAGCAGCGUCGGGGAAAAGGUCGGCCAAGGUCGCGACAUCAGCGCAGACUCUGUCAGCGACAACCGGAUGUCUUAGUUCCUGUUUCUGCUUAAGUGCAAUGGCUUCAGAAUAAAUGUAGCUCCAAUAAAAAGUGUUUUAAAAGAAAA